CAUCGACUUCUCGAUUGCCAUUUCUGCCACCGAAAUGCUCCAAUCAAACGCGACACUGUUUACAUCAGCAAUGGAUAAACGGCAUGUGGAUAGCUUCACUAUGGAAGUUUACUUCCUGGCAGCCGCGACGUAAUGGUUCACAUCACCAAUCCAAUGCGAAGCUCUUCGGCUUCUGUGACUGAGUAUAUUUCCUAUCUUUCCCGAAGUGUUUUCUCUAAAGUUUCACUAUCUCUAUUUCACGCUCGCAACCAGUCAUCAUGAAAAGCCUCACAGCAACUGCAUUUGCAGCACUCGCUAGUUUUUCAGCAGCUCAGAACUCAACAAAUUCCAACACGAGCAUAAAUGGUACUUUCAGCACGAGUGGUCCUCACAAUGUUCGAUUUGACACCGGCACAUACGGUCCUCCUGUUGAAGAGUACCAUUACUACUACGACCAAUGGCCCAUUGGUCUCGCAGCGUCUCGUACUGGCAGGGUUUUCGCAUGCUACACUCGAGGCACAUAUGCAUACACCCUCGGAGAGAUCAUAAACCAGACAGCAGAAGCUGCAUAUCCUUCCAUGGAGCUCAAUACGCCUGAAGGUGGGUUGUAUACGACGACGAAUGGCAUACAAUUUGGCAGCAAUAAUCAGACGGCUUUCAUAUCCGUUCAGGCGCUCUACAUCACACCGGACGAUACUCUUUGGGUGCUCGACACAGGCAGACCUACGAUCGAUGAAUCUCAAGCUCCGAGUAUGCCAUAUGCUGCUCCUGGCGGACCGAAGCUUGUCUCUAUCAACCUUUCGAACAACUCCAUCGCACGAACUUAUACCUUUCCUGCGAACGUCCACUACCCCGACUCCUACAUGAACGAUCUACGAUUCGAUAUGCGACCAAAUGUGACCGAAUCGGGUGGAGGAAUAGCAUACAUAGUGGACUCGAGUAACGAAGGUAGAACAGGAUUCAUAAUGGUUGAUUUGGCUACAGGUGAAAGCUGGAGACAGUUGACCCAACACCCGAGUACAUUGAGGACAUAUGCAGAUGUGCCAAGUUACAAUGGCAUUCCGUUUUAUCUCAGGCAAAAAGGAAGUCCGUUGGGCUUUCAGCAGGAGGGGUUGGAUGGUGCAGAGUUGAGUCUGUAUGGUGAUGUUAUGUAUUACUCUCCUCUGACCUCCGACUACCUCUACUCCAUCGAGACGCAAUAUCUACAAGCGAAUCCGAACAAUGAUACCCUGUCUGCGAAACGAGCCUUCGAUAAUGUGAAGAACCUUGGCGAGCGAGGUGGAAAUGCCAAUGGGUUUUCUUCUGACAGCCUAGGAAAUGUAUACAUGCUGAUGCCGACAAACAAUGCUAUCUACAUCUACAACGACACAACACUCCAAGCAGAGCCCUAUGUCCGUGACCCUCGAAUCAUAUGGCCUGAUAGCGCUAAUGUUGGCUUCGAUGGCUAUAUAUACUUCAAUAUUAAUCAGUUACCGUACCAGCCCGACUGGAACGACGGUGUGGAUGGAAGACAAUAUCCUGGUUUGAUCUUGCGAAGCAAAUUGCCAGAUGGGGCAGGGAAGAAUAUGAUUUUGGGAGCUUCGACGAAUGGGACAGCAUAGGUUGGUUAAUUAAUUAAUAAGCACAUGGACAUCCUAACGAGCGAUGAGCUUCGAGAUUUCCGUAAGGCGGGCGAAACAGUAGAACACCUCAAAGUCUGAAAACCAGCUGAGCUAUCCUGCUUAGUAUGAAAUUUCAGUAGCAAGUGCCUUCCGUCAACGAUUCCAGAUCUCACUG